AUCGGCCGAUCGGCAUGGCCGCUGGCGACGGCGAGCCGGAGCCGGCGGUGCAGCAGCGCCCGCAGCUGCAGUCAAAGAACGUGUGCGUCGUGGGGGGCGGCAUGGCAGGCCUGGCGGCGGCGCGCGAGCUGCGGCGAGAGGGCCACGCGGUCACCGUCAUGGAGCAGAGCGGCGACGUCGGCGGGCAGUGGCUGUACGACCCGGCGCCCACCCGCGGCCUCGUGCCCAGCGCCAGCAGCGCGUACGCGUCCCUCCGCCUCCGCACCCCGCGGGAGGCCAUGGGCUUCUCCGACUUCCAGCUCCUUCCCAGGGACGGCGCCGGCCGCGACCCGCGCCGCUUCCCCGGCCACCGCGAGGUGCACUGCUACCUCCGGGACUUCUGCGCCGCGUUCGGGCUCAUGGACGCCGUCAGGCUCAACACCCGGGUCGUCCGCGUCGCUCCGACGUCGACGGCGACGCGUCAGUGGGCGGUGAGGUCCGUGCGGCGCCUUGGCGGCCCGGAGGAUGGUGCGCGGGCAGAGGAGGAGGAGGAGGAGGCAGUGUUUGACGCGGUGGUCGUGGCCACCGGUCAGUACUCGCAUCCGGUGCUCCCCAGCGGCAUCGAGGGAGCGGGGGAAUGGAGGCGCCGGCAGCUGCACAGCCACUUGUACAGGACGCCGGAGCCGUUCCGCGGCGAGGCGGUGGUGGUGGUCGGCUGCGGGGACAGCGGCACGGACAUCGCGCUGGACCUCCGCCGCGUCGCCAGGGUGGUGCACCUCGCCGCCGGCUCCGAGGCCUCCACGCCGGCCGUGUCGAGGAUGGUGGCCAACCACGGCGACGUGCUACGCCUCCACCCGCGGGCACGCCGGCUGCACGCCGACGGUCGCGUGUCGUUCGACGACGGCUCCUCCGUCGUCGCCGACACGGUGAUCUACUGCACGGGGUACGGCUACUCGUUCCCGUUCCUGGACACGGGCGGGGCGGUCGCCGUGGGCGACGGCGGCUGCGUGGUCGGGCCGCUGUUCGAGCACGUGUUCCCGCCGUCCCUGGCGCCGUCGCUCUCCUUCGUGGGCGUGCCGAGGAAGGUCCUGGUGCCGUGGUUCGUCGAGGCGCAGGCGAGGUGGGUCGCGCAGGCGCUGUCCGGCCGCCGCGCGCUGCCGCCGGAGGCGGAGAUGGUGCGGGCCGUGGAGGAGCACCUCCGCGCCAGGGAGGCCGCCGGCGUGCCGAGGAAACACGCCCACCACCACAUCAACGGCAUUGACAAAAUGAUCGAGUUCAUGGAGGAGCACGGCGGCCUGACGCCGAUGGAGGAGUGGAAGGAGGAGCUGCUCCUGUCGAGCGUGGCGAGCAUGUGCGACGACCUGGAGACCUUCCGCGACCGCGCCGACGACGGCGAGAGCGUCCGGAAGGGCCUGCAGGGAUGGCGCGGCGGCUUAGCUGCUCAGGCUCAACACGAAGCCAUGGAUGCUGCUGCUGAAGCUGAAGCUGAUGGGUUGGCCAUGGAUGAUUAAUAAGCUCCCGUUUAACUGAAUUGAACUGCACAAGAGGUUCU